AUGAAUAAAUUAAAAUCAUCACAGAAAGAAAAAGUGAAGAAGUUCGUAGCAUUUACGCAAACAAGCGAGAGCACUGCCAUAUACUGCCUCUCACAAAACGACUGGAAAUUGGACAUGGCGAGCGAUAACUAUUUUCAGAACCCUGAUGCCUAUUACAAAGACCCUGUGAAAGCAUCAAUAGAUAGAAAAAAACUAGAACAGUUAUUCAAUAAAUAUAGAGAUCAACACGAAAAUGACAAAAUAACAGUUGAUGGUGUUAUGAAAUUUUUAGAAGACCUAAAUUUGAGUCCUGAAUCUAUAUUAGUUCUUAUAAUAGCUUGGAAAUGCAAAGCAGCUGUACAAUGUGAAUUUACUAAAGAAGAAUUUAUGACUGGUCUUAUAGAACUUGGAGUUGACAGCGUAGAUAAAUUAAAAACAAAAUUACCAACAUUAGAAAUGGAAAUCAAAGAUCCUAAUAAGUUUAAGGAUUUUUAUCAUUUUACUUUUAACUAUGCAAAGAACCCAGGUCAGAAGGGACUAGAACUCGAUAUGGCUGUAGCAUAUUGGAAUAUAGUGCUCCGUGGGAGAUUUAAAUUCCUUGAUGUUUGGUGUAAAUUUCUCACAGAACAUCAUAAAAGAUCCAUACCGAAAGACACAUGGAAUCUCCUCCUAGAUUUUGCCACACAAAUUGAUGAUGGCAUGAGUAAUUAUGAUGCAGAAGGUGCAUGGCCAGUGCUUAUAGAUGACUUUGUUGAAUGGUGUCAAAAGCAAGAAAUAACAGCAGAUGGUGUAAAAUUAGAGCCAGUGUCGGGC